GUUCUCCCUCCCUCUAACUCUCAGUCCCUCCUGGGGGCGUAUACUCUAUCUUCCUUUUAUCUCACGACACGAACGACACCUGACACGACAUACGCAACAUGGCUGACGGACUGAAGAAACGACGCGUCAGUCAAACUCGGCAUACUUCGGACAGCGUGCUAUUGCAAGAUGAAAAGGAACAACACCAUCGGAGCGAAGUCCACGGGAUGAAGAAUGAGUUUUUGCAUAAAAUUGAGGCAUUGAAGAAGAACAAAGAUGCCGAUCACUGGUUUUGGUCUAAGAAACGUUUCAUAUUUCCCCUUGGCAUUAUGGUCGGAGUUCUUAUGGGCAUUGCUCUCAUACAACCCAGUGAUCUCCCAGAUAUACAGACCCACCUUGCCCUUCUCCUGGACGAAUUUGGCAUGUCUCUUCCACAGCUCCCGGACUUAUCCCGCGUAGAAAGCGAAUGGAAUCGACUACGAAGCAAUAUACCUGAACCUUGGAAACUCAAUACCAAUGGCUUGGAGUUCAAGGUUGGUGAAGAGAUAGCAGCGAGGAACCUCAGUGCGAAGCAUCCGGUGGUUCUUGUUCCCGGUAUCAUCUCUACCGGUCUUGAAUCCUGGUCAACUGCACCAGAGUAUCGCACUUUCUUCAGACAGAAACUCUGGGGCGGAUUUCCCAUGAUUUCACAAGUCACGUUCAAUCGAGAAAAAUGGAUGUCGGCUCUUAUGCUUGACUCGGUAACCGGACUUGACCCUCCGCUGGCCAAAGUGCGUGCUGCGGAAGGGAUUGAUGCAGCAAGCAGUUUCAUUCAGGGUUAUUGGCUAUGGUCGAAGAUUAUUGAAAAUCUCGCAGUGGUCAACUACGAUACGAAUAACUUGCAUCUCGCACCUUAUGAUUGGCGAUUGUCCUAUCACAACCUAGAGGAGCGUGACGGAUAUUUUUCGAAACUGAAAACAACCAUAGAGGGAUUCAGAAAUCGGGACAAUCGAAGAGUUGUGCUUUGUGCGCAUUCAAUGGGAAGUUCGGUCAUGUUGCUUCAAAUGGGUCGAAUCACCGCGUCAUGGUCGUGGAGGGCCCAAUUGGGUGGAGUACACCAGAAUAACAUAGAAGCCUUGAUUACCAUCGCGGGUACCCAUCUCACCAAGGCAAUGUCUGCUUUCCUCUCUGGUGAGAUGAAAGACACCGUACAGAUGAACCCUGCGGGUGCAUACGUACUUGAAAGAUUCUUCUCUCGUAAAGAACGUCAAAGGUUGUUCCGGAGUUGGGCGGGAAGCGCGAGCAUGUGGAUCAAGGGUGGCGAUGAUGUUUGGGGCAAUGCAACGUUCGCUCCUGACGACAUGCCAGGAAGCAAUCAGACUCAUGGCGAACUUAUAGCCUUCCGGGAUGCAGUCGCACAAACCGACUCUACCUUAAGCAACAUGACGUCUGAUACUGCCGGGAAUUGGAUUCUGGAGCAUACACCCCCAGACUUCCAGCGCAUGCUUGCUAGCAACUACUCAUAUGGUAUCGAACGAGAUGAGAAAAGGCUGAAGGCGAAUAACCUUGAUCACCGGAAGUGGACAAACCCUCUAGAGAUUCAAUUGCCAAAUGCACCUUCGACAAAGUUUUACUGCGUCUACGGUCAUGGUAAGGAAACCGAGAGGUCAUACUGGUAUACUCGCGGCGAAUACGAGUAUGACGAGAUCCACCCUGAUGACGUUGCUGGAACAUGCCCAAAUGGUACCGACUGUAUAACCAGACGCACGCCUCUUGACCUGCCUAUGUCUCGCAAAUCCUUCAUCGACUCCGAGUACACGGACGAGAAUCUUAACCCGAAGGUGCUCAAUGGCGUGAAAAUGGGCGAAGGCGAUGGCACUGUGAGCCUACUGAGUCUCGGCGCAAUGUGUGUCGAAGGUUGGAAGAGAAAACGUUGGAAUCCAUCCGGAAUUCCUGUUGUGACUGUUGAGUUACCUCACCGCCCAGUACCAACGAUACCUCGUGGCGGUGGCACAACAGCAGACCAUGUCGACAUUCUGGGGUCAACGGCUCUCAACGAAAUCAUUCUCAAGGUUGCAACUGGUGUUGGAGACGAAGUUAAGGAUAACUUCGUGUCGAACAUAAGAGAAUACGCCAAAAGGAUACGUUGGGAUUGAUAUCAUAGGUUUUGGGGCUGAUUUAGGGUAGUGACAUUAGACUAAUGCCGUAUAAUUACACGAAGCGUUGCAACAGCCGGGCACUCGAUUAGGCGCAGGAUAUUCAUGAAGGUGGUAUGACAGUUCAAAAUGCUGAGUAGUCGACAUGUAGCAGACUGCAAGAGAAAUGAUACGAGAUCCGUCACAC